CGAAAUAUAAAAACACACAACAGAAUCAAGUGGAAAAGCCAAGCUCCACGCUCGAGACUCGAUCCGAGAUCUGAGAUCUGAGAUCUGAGGGUCGCGUUCUGAGGCCGACGAUCGGCAGCGAUCAGUUGAUUGCAGCCAUCGGGGAAGACAGCCUCGCCGGAGUCUAUCGCUUCUGAUCCGCGGGUCCACACAGAGCACAAACAGAGAAGAAUCGGAGAAACGGACAACGGAGAACCGGAGAAUGCUGGUAGUGCUCUUUCAUCUUCUCCUGGCCCUUCUGGGGGCCCAGGCCCAGCUGAAGGCCCUGAUGCACUUCGGCAACUGCAAUUCGGCGGAGUACGGCCGGGGGACCUGCAUCGAGAAGGCCGACUGCGACUUCUAUGCCGUGGACAAGCUCACUGACUUCGCCAGCAAGCGCCAGUGCUUCUCCCGCCAGCGUCCCGACCUGGUCUGCUGUCCCCGCGAGACGAACUUGAUCCCCAUUCUCGGCGCACGAAUCUUCAACGAGACCAGCUCCGGCGUAAACACCACAGCGACGCUCGCAACCCCCACCCCGCGCACCCUGCUGAAGCUGCUGCCCCGGACCCCGCCCCCGCCGCCAUCGGGAGCGGAUACGCUGCCGACACAUCCGUACUGCGGCACCUCGUUCGCGUCCCGCGUCAUUGGAGGCAACAACACGGAGUUGUUCGAGUUCCCCUGGACCACGCUGCUGGAGUACACGCUGCCGGGCGGUGUGAAGGAAUUCUCCUGCGGAGCGGCCUUCAUCGCGCAGCGCUGGCUGGUGACGGCCGCCCACUGCGUCCACCCCAAGUACACGGGCGGCCAGAAGAUCCUCACGGCAGCCCGGCUGGGGGAAUGGGACAAGGACACGGACCCGGACUGCGUCACCCACUUGAGCGGGAAGCGCGAGUGCGCUCCGCCCCACAUCCGCGUGCCCAUAGACCUCAUCCGGCCGCACGCCGACUUCUCGACAGAGACCCUGGCCAACGACAUCGCCCUGCUCCGCCUCUCCAGGCCCGUGGACUGGCUGCGCCACGUGGAUCGCCACGUGGAGCCCGUGUGCCUGCCCCCGAGGAACCUGCAGCAGGAGCCUCCGGUGGGCGCCGCCGCCGACGUCUCCGGCUGGGGCAAGACGGAGAAGAGCGACUCUAGCUCGAUCAAGCGCAAGGCCAUGCUGUUCAUACAGGCGCAGGCCCAGUGCCGCGAGGCCUUCGAGAAGGAGGGGUUCCUGGUGGGCGACAGGCAGAUCUGCGCCGGCGGCGCCAUCGGGGUGGACUCGUGCAGCGGUGACUCGGGCGGACCGCUGACCGUCGAGGCGGACACCCCCCAAGGCCACCGCUUCGUCUACCUGGCCGGGGUGGUAUCCUUUGGACGCAGCAGGUGCGGCGAGUCGGAGUUCUCCGGGGUGUACACCCGGGUCAGCAGAUAUGUGUCCUGGAUCCAGGACACCAUCAACGCGAACCGCGGAUAGUCGCCCGCCGGACGGGGCAUAAUUUUUUUUUCUAUUUUAUUGAAAUGUAACUGAACCACAUAAUUAUAGUUCUUGAAAGGA